AUGGAGGUAUUACUUGGAAUCACCGGCAAGGACUUUACCAUCAUCGCCGCCUCGAAAGCGGCGAUGCGAGGCGCAACCAUUCUCAAGGCCAGCGAUGACAAGACCCGCACCCUCAACGAGCACACCCUCAUGGCUUUCAGUGGAGAGGCUGGAGAUACUGUCCAAUUCGCGGAAUACGUCCAGGCCAACAUCCAGCUCUACAGCAUGCGCAACUCCAACCACCUCACACCUGCAGAGACGGCAUCAUUCGUGCGAUCGGAACUCGCAAAAUCCUUGCGCUCCCGCAACCCCUACACCGUCAAUCUCCUCCUCGGCGGCUACGACACUGUCAAGGACAAGCCACAGCUCUUCUGGAUCGAUUACCUGGCGUCAUGUGCGCCUCUUCCAUAUGCCGCGCAUGGAUACGCGCAAUACUACUGUCUCUCCACACUCGAUAAGCACCAUCACCCGGAUAUCUCUUUCGAGCAGGGCAUGAAGUUGUUGCGAAUGUGCACAGAUGAGCUGAAGAGACGUAUGCCGGUGGACUUUAAGGGUGUUUUGGUCAAGGUUGUGACAAAGGAAGGCAUCAAGGAGGUCGAUUACCCAGACAACUUCAAUGUCAGCAUUCCGUAG